GACCACCAUCGAACUGCGUCUUCAGUCACCGCGAGCACACUGGCGCGACAGCAUCUGCAGUUGCUGCUAAACGUCCUCUUUAUUAACGUUUUCGGUGAUUAUUUUCUACUAUUAUCCAGUCUCUCGCUGAUACUUUCUGGAUAGUAAACAGAAUCGUUGUGUAUAGCCUACUGCUUGUAGCUGGUAAAUACCUGCUACAAGUGCGAAAUGAUGAAUCUGGAAAUGGAUUGGUGGCCGAUAAUCGCGGCUGUGUUGGCCGUGCUAGCAGUGGUCUACUACCGAGCCACUCGUAACUUCGACUUUUUCAAGAAACGUGGGAUUCCAUACGCCAAACCGAUGCCGUUUUUGGGAAGCAUGUGGGAAGUGGUGUUUCAACGACUGCCGUUUGCCGAGGGCGUAGAAAAAAUGUACAAUUUGGAUCCCGAGUCAAAGUAUAUCGGUUUUUUCGAGUUCGAAACGCCUAUACUCUUGAUUCGAGAUCUCGACCUGAUCAAAUCCAUCACCGUGAAGAAUUUCGACCACUUUCCAAACCACAAAAUGAUUUUCGAGCCGGACUUAGAACCACUUUUCUCGAAAAAUCUUUUCUCCCUGUGCGACGAAAGGUGGAGAGAAGUACGGAACAUGUUGACACCGGCCUUCACGUCCAGCAAAUUGAAGUCCAUGUUCGUAUUGAUGCGCGAAUGUGCCAAAGAGUACGGCGACUAUUUCGCUUCCUUGCCCACCGACCAGUCGAUCUUGGAGUUGAAAGACGCGUUCACAAAAUAUACCAAUGACGUGAUCGCUACUUGUGCGUUCGACAUUGACGUCAACUCGAUGAAGAAUCCGAAAAACGCGUUCUACGUUUACGGCAAAGAAGCAACCAAUUUUGGGGGAAGUUCGCAAUCCCUCAGGUUUUUCGCGGUAAUACGGUUACCGUGGUUAUGUCGAUUGUUCGGUAUCAGGAUAAUUAAACAGAAGAUCGUCGACUUUUUCACGGAAUUGGUAGUCAGCACGAUGAAGGCGCGGGACGAGAACGGUAUCGUUCGUCCAGACAUGCUUCAGCUGAUAAUGGAGACCAGAGGGAAAUUGGGGCCAGGCAAAGAGUUGUCCAUCGAUGACAUAGUAGCCCAGGCGUUCGUUUUCUUCUUCGGUGGAUUCGAGAGCACCGCCACUCUCAUGUGCUUCGCCGCUUACGAAGUCGGCAUCAACGACCAGGUACAGAAAAGGUUGCAAGAAGAGAUCGACCAGGUUUUGAAGGAUUGUAAAGGCCAGGUCACAUACGAAGCUAUCAACGGCAUGAAGUACCUGGAGGCUGUCAUCCUCGAGAGUCUUCGGAUGUACCCAGCGGUUGUCGGCAGCGACAGAGUCUGCGUGAAACCGUUCGAAUUGCCGCCACGCGUGCCGGGAGCAAAGCCGUACGUCGUGCAACGAAACGACAACGUGUGGAUACCGAUCUAUGGCAUUCAACACGAUCCGCAAUACUACCCGGAGCCGAAGAAAUUCAAUCCCGACAGGUUCUACGACGAUCCAAAGCAGAUGGCCAACUCUAUCUCGUUUCUCUCGUUUGGAGUGGGCCCCAGGAUGUGCAUCGGCAACAGGUUCGCCAUAUUAGAAGCGAAAGUUUUGCUCUUCUUCCUUUUCGCCAAGUGUAACCUCGCACCAUGCACCAAAUCCUCCAUACCGUUGAAACUGAAUAGGAAAACAUUCGCCAUGAUGCCGGAGAACGGCUUCUGGCUGAAAAUUCAACCGAGAAACGCAAAGAAAGCGGAGCCGUAGAAGAUUGUCACUCUAGAGAUUCCCGACAAUUAAGUUCCAUUGCAACAAACAUGAUGCUUGCAAUAUCCAUUGCUGUAACUGCUUCGUCUGUCCAGGGAUACAUUUCUUCGUAGCAGCGACGUUGAAAGCGAGUCUAUGAUUGAUUUGUUUUAAACCUUUUUACGAUGAAUUGUAGUAUGCUGUAAUAAGGGGUGUGAUAUACGUAAAAUGUAAUGCAGUUGCGAUGUCUAUUAGGUGUAAUAUAAUGAUUUUAUACAGUAAGCAGGAAGUGAGACUGUUCCGUUCCCGUAAAAUGUACAAUUUACGCGUAUUUGCAAAGAUUUGUUCCCGUUGGAAUCAUGUCGGGCAUUUAGUCAAUUUUCUGGAUUUAGUCAAAAUGUACAAGUUACAAACGAUUAUACGCGCAUCGAUGUUUUCAGCAACAAUGUGGAAUUUAUCUUUCUUUCUUUUUUAUAUUGAUUUUUGUUCCGCCAGGAAAAUUCUUAGCAUUCACCACUUUAAACAAUAUUAUCGAAGAAUUUUUUGUCGAUUCCUGUGAUCUGGUUUCGCAGAAUAUAUAUUGGAAAUAGCCGUGAAUUUUCUGAUAAAGAGAAAAUAAUAUUUUCAUAUUAAAAUUAAAUGAUCUUUUGCAGAUUUCUUUUUGCCACACGUUUUUACGAAGAUUUAAUAUAUUUUUUAUUACGAUAAUUGCGUAUAUCCGUUAGAUGUUGAU